AUGUCUUCAAGCGGCAAUGGCGGUGCUCCUCCCGUAGGACAGGAGAACAUCAACACGGAUAUUGUCACCCUCACCCGCUUCCUCACAGAGGAGCAGGUCAAGGUUCCAGAAGCCACCGGUGACUUCACACUACUUUGCCACGCUCUUCAAUUUGCCUUUAAGUCUAUUGCCUACUACAUUCGUCGCGCUUCCUUGAUUAACCUGACUGGUUUGGCUGGUUCCUCAAACACGACUGGCGACGAUCAGAAGAAGCUUGACGUCAUCGGCAACGAUGUGUUCAUCUCCGCCAUGAAGGGCUCCGGCAAGUGCCGUAUCCUUGUUUCCGAGGAGGAGGAAGAGGCUAUCAUCUUCGACGAGCACCCCAACGCCCGCUAUGCCGUGGUCUGCGACCCUAUCGACGGUUCCUCCAACCUUGACGCUGGCGUUUCGGUUGGUACCAUCUUCGGAAUCUUCAAGCUUCCCGAUGAGGUUCUCGGUCCCAACAACAAGGUCACUGCUCAGGACCUCCUUCGCCCCGGCACGGAGAUGGUUGCCUCUGGCUUCACCAUGUACGGUGCCUCCGCACAGCUGGUGAUCACCAUGCGCAACGGCGGUGUCAAUGGCUUCACCAUGGAGAACUCUCUGGGUGAAUUCAUCCUGACACACCCCAACAUGCAGCUUCCCGCCAAGCGGGCCAUCUACUCGGUCAACGAGGGUAACAGCAUGUACUGGGAUGACUGGGUGAACAAGUACCUCCACUCGCUGAAGUACCCCGGUGAGGGUCAGAAGCCUUACAGCGCGCGUUAUAUUGGUAGCAUGGUGGCCGAUGCCUACCGGACUCUCCUCUACGGUGGUGUUUUCGCCUACCCGGCUGAUUCCAAGAGCCGCAAGGGCAAGCUGCGUAUCCUCUACGAGUGUGCCCCCAUGGCUAUGCUUUUCGAGAACGCAGGUGGUCUGGCAGUGAACUCCCAGAUGGAGCGUCUUCUGGAGGUGGUUCCGGAACACAUUCAUGACCGGAGCGGUGUGUUCCUGGGUUCGAAGGACGAGGUACAGAAGAUUAUCGACACGUACAACCAGCACCACAAAUGA